GGCUGCUCUGUUAAUUGGGACUGACGGAUACAUUAUAUAAUAAGCUGACCAGCCUUUCCUCCGGGGUCAAUUUAACCAUCAAUACAUUACUACAUCACAUGAGUUGAGAGAAACGCACCAAGUAUGCAAAGCAGAGGGUCGUCGCCAAGGCAACGCUUCGGCAAGCGCAAUGGAAGUGACCCCGAUUCCAACAAAAGUGCAGGAAUCAACGGUCACACAUUCGACAGCCUGGAAACAUACACAGUUGAAGAUGCCAUUGAAUCCAUUGGGUUUGGGUGGUUUCAGAUCAAGAUCUUCGUUGUUGGGAAGUUAAUUGCUGUGAGUUUUGACCCCAUCUGUGUGACAACUGUCUCUCUUUUAUGUAACCCAAUGAUUCAAUGGCAUGCCAUACCAGUAAAUUUAAAUGUUUAAAUUGACACACAUGGCAUAUGGUCAUAACUCAUGACAGCUCUUUGUUUGCUUCAACUCUAAGAAUAAUUGUUAACUAUCUUCCCCACAUCUCGGAGAACUAAAAUUGGAUACCGGUACCGUACACAAAGUUUUGUGAGACAAUUUAAUCUAUAAAAGUUUGACUAUAAUCAAAUAAACUCAAAUAAAACUUCAGAAAAUUUGUAAAAAAAAAAAAUCAGGAAGGGAAAUGUUCCAUAAUUUUUUAACUCAUGGGAAUGCAUAAUAUCAGUAUAACAUUAAUAAUGAAAAAAUAAUGUCAAGUCAACCGAUUCUAAUGAUUCACAAAUGUUUCAUUAAUUAAUGUGCCAACAAAAUGUAUCAGUAUCAACUACUUGCUAAAGGGACCUUAGCCCUUCUUGAACUGAGCACCUUCUAGGGAUCACAACCGAGGGCUCACUGACCAACAAUUUGAGAAUCAAUGGUCUAGCAUUAGUGUGCACACGCAACCAAACAUCUUUAGAAAAAAAAAUGUGUCGGCUAAUCUUAUGCUCUAAUGGCAGAUCUAGGGGAGAUGACUCCUAAAAUCUCCAUGCUCUUCAUUUGAGUAUAGAUCAUUGAGAGCCACUUUGAUAAGGUCUAAGACAACAUAUUUGAUUGCUCAUUUCUAUAUAAAAGCAUUUGAAUCCCUUAAAAUAACUUAAGACAUUGUUGAUCUUGAUGACAUCUCUUAAUGUUUCAUUCUUUCCUCUUUCUUAGGCAGCUGAUGCUAUGGAGAUGAUGAUGCUGGCCGUGUUAUCUCCCUUGGUUAGAUGUGAGUGGCAACUGGAGGACUACAAAGUAGCAUUUAUAACAACGGUUUGUAGCCAUUUGACACCACACCACAAACUCGAUGAUUUGUUAACAUUUGACGCUACACCACUACCUCAAUGGUUUAUUAACAUUUGACAUCACACCCCACCACUACUUGAAUGGUUAACAUUUGACACCACACUACUUACCUCAAUGGUUUGUUAACAUUUGACACCACACCACUUCCUCAAUGGUUUGUUAACAUUUGACACCACACCACUACCUCAAUGGUUUGUUAACAUUUGACACCACACCACUACCUCAAGGUUAACAUUUGACACCACACCACUACCUCAAUGGUUUAACCGUAGCUUUUAUUUCAUUUGAAAUGACAUAAGAAACCACAAUUACCCAAUGCCUAGAGAAGAAGAAAUGAAUCAUAAUUUGUCCCUGUUAAUUUGCAGGCUGUGUUUAUAGGUAUGGGGGUCUCAGCUCCAUUGCUAGGGAUAAUGGGAGAUAACUAUGGCAGAAAAACAGUAAGUUGCAAUAUUUGCUACAGCAUAAAUGAAUAAACAUUGGUUGUUUUAUGAGGAUGUGGUUAAUGAGGUUUGUUUCAUAAAUAAAAUAAGAGACAUUUAGUUUACUAAUUAUUGAUUUUCCUUUUACUAGUUUUAAUGAAAAUAUAUUAUAUUAAAUUUGAUAAUCCAUAACUUUGUUUUAAAUAAAUAUCUGACAUCCAAUAUUCUCAUUUUGUCCUGUCAUAGUAACUAAGUUCUGCAAUAAAUUGUAUCAGUUUACUCCUCUUCACCAAUUUUCCAGACGCUGGUCAUGAUUACUUUAUGGAUUGGUUUCUUUGGGUUUUUGACAACAUUCAGUCCUUCCUUUGCUUGGAUUUUAAUAUUGCGUGGACUGGUUGGCUUUGGAAUGGGAGGAUCUCCACAAGGGUAAAAUAAUAAUUUUAGCAUUAAAUAAAAUUUGCACUUUGAAUACAUUGAACAAAAUAAUAUUUGAUUACAUUUUAACUACUAAAGAUAUUCUUUUAACUCUAAAAUAUAUUUAGUUAUACUUGUUUCUGGGAGGCCUGACCUGGGUACUGACCUCAAUACCCGGAGUAUUAGCGCACCUGGCACAUAUCCAGAUAUGGCAAAAAAAAAUGGAACCCGCUAUGGGUGGUAAAAAGUUAUCUUCUUAUUUUCUGUAACUCUUCCACCCGAUGGGGAAAAAAAUUAAAAGUUCAUGUGUGGAAACAGUACAUCGGUUUUCACAUAAUUUUUUUUUACAUUUGACCUGAAGUUAUUAAAUAAUAAUAGAAAAUUGACUAGCGAUUGGCGCAAAACCAAAUUUAUACUAAAUGAAAUAGCAAAGCUCUGAAAAUAAUAAUAUACUUGCUGUAAGUUUUGUGUUAUUGUUUGUCUUAGUAAGAUCCAUAUCUUUGGUUGUGACCUUGGCACUUUCUAAUUAAAAUAAUUAGUCUAGUAUUUCAUUUUACAAGCUGACUGGCUGAUGUUAAUGAGUAGCCAAAGGCUUUUUUGUUUUUGUGUGGAUCAUUUCUAAGUUCUGUAAUAGAAUUCAAUUGAUAUUAUGUAAUUUAACACUCAUUUUAUAAGUGAAGUCAUUGGCUUAACUGAAAGAAAACUAGAACUGUAACACCAUGAUGUAAUAUAAAUAUUUAUUAAAAUAAUAAUAUGCAUAUAUUGGUAUCAGAAAAAUGAAAACUGCUAUCAACAAGCAGCUAGCAAUUCCGGUACUCAAUACUAACACACACAGCAAAGUUCCACUCCAUGUUUUAGUUUUUUAUGUUUAUGGGUUAGGGCAGUGGUCCUGAAACUGUGGGUCAUAACAACCUCGAGGUUUGUCUGACAAAGGGUCAAGGGUCGAUUCAGAAUUUAAAACGUUUUUAUGUGUUUAAUUGUGUAUUUGAUAUUUACAGUGAUCAGACUAGUUUCUUAUUGCUACAACACUCUGACUACAGCUACAUAAAAUAAAAUGAAAACUCUUUGAUGUAGAUGCUGGCAGUUAAUUUAAUAUAUAUAUAUAUAUUUUGGCAGUUGCUUUUCAUUUUAAAAAAUCACAUUAUUUCUGAUUUUAAUUGGGUUUUUUUGUUUUUGCUCUUUUAAAAAUUUGUUUUAUUUCAAAAAAGGUCUACCCUUCCCCAUUCAACACCUGUUUCUCAAGUUCAAGUUGUAAUUACUGUUGUGAUUUACAACAAAGUGGCAAAUGCUAUAAAGGGGUUGUGGCACUAAAAUGAUUGAGAACUGCUCGGUUAAGAUUAUAUUAAUAAGCUAUUGGUGUUUUUAAUCUUUAAAUUGUGUUCGCUACUGGUUCUGAACAUGCACUUUUCACUUCUCCCAAAUUGGAAGGAACACAUUGUGGAAAAUGAGAAGAUAACUCUUUUUUUUUAUUGUAACACCUGAACUAGGACCCAUCUGGUAUGGUCUCAAAAUAUCAGGAGUGGGUGUAAAAUACUGCACCUGGCUCAGUCCUAGUUUCUGGUCUUUUUGUUAGCAAUGCAAAUAUUAACCCUUCAGAAAAAAUAUGAGAACAGUACACAUGCUCAAUUCAUACAUUUUUUUUAUCACAACCAGGUGUAAAAGAAGUAUAUUUUAUGUCUAUACAUCUACCAUACAUAUAUAGACCAAAGGUUCUCAAAGUCGGUAGGAGGUCCCUGAUCGGGUUGGGGGGAGGGGGGCUAAAAUACAACACUCUGUAAAUUUAGGGGAUCACUGUAAAUGUUGAUUUGGCUACUGCCCCCCUUGAUUUGUUUAUUUUAUCACUAAUUUAUUGUUUUUCUUUUAGGUUUUCAUUGAAUGCUGAGUAUGUCCCAUCAAAGUACAGAGCCAAACUUCUUGUGUUUGGAACAGUAAGUAUUAGGAAUGCCUACAUACACAUGUUUUCAUCAAGUUUUUAACAAGUUUGAAUAACUUCUUUCAAUAUUGAAAUAUAAAUAUAUAAUAUUUUUCUACAUCAUAUACAGACUUUUAAAAUGUUCUGCUUUUUCAGAAAUGAAAAAGAAAUUAUAUUUGUUAUAUUUGGAAAUUUGUUUAUUAACUGUUCAAUUUAUAUGAUAAUUUAGUUAAACAAUUAUCCUUAUUAUUUUAACAUUUUAAAAGUAAAAAUAAUAUUUUAUUACCAUUUUAUCCCAUAAAGAUAGAAUAGUAGACCUAUGUUUAUUUUAUUUAAAGUGAAAUUAACUUUUUUGUUUAUAUAAUAGGCUCAUUAUUUUAUUAACCAAAAUAUUCACUAUAAGUUUUUAAUGAGAUUGAUCAAGAUGAAGUGGAACAACUUUUAAAAAAAAACAUAUAUUUGAUACAUUUACUCAUAUGAUGAAGUAGUGUGAAUUCAUUUUGAUUUUUCCUUAGAUAUUCUGGACAAUGGGGGGUGUGUUUGAGAUAGUUCUUGCUAUGAUAGUUGUUCCUACAUUGGGAUGGAGAUGGCUGCUUGCUUUAUCAGCUAUUCCUGUCCUUAUAGCAUGUGUUGGGCUUAUUGUAAGUAAUUUAGAAGUCACUUUGGGCUUUUGAAACAAAUGAAACAGCAUGCAAAAAAAGUUUUCCCUUUCUUACAAGUAGUAUCUUCUUUAAAACUCACAGGUUAAAAAAAAAAAUUCUAGGAAUCAUUUUAUUGAAUUUAUAAACCAUAAAGAUUAACUCUCUUUGAAAGAAAUUUGUAAUAAGUUUAUAGAAAAUGUUUACUUUCAAUUAAUUAAGUAGGUAUUUGGCUUUAAAUAACAAACAAAACAAGUUUAAUCCUUUUUUUUUUAAACUCUCAUUAUUUGAACUUCCUGAUUUUUCACAGUUUAUUCCUGAGUCUGCCAGAUUUCUUGUAGCUGCAGGUUAUAUUGAUGAUGCCUUAAUAAUAUUAGAGAGAGCAGCUAAGAUUAAUCAUUCCAAACUACCUGAAGGCAAGUUGGUGCAAUCGCAGAAUGUAAGUGGAUCCACUAAUCAACCAAGGUUAAUGAAAGGCAAAAUUUGAUGUUUGCUCUAUUUAACAUUAUGUAACAAUCUGCUAAAAUGUAUGAGUAUACAGAAAAAAGAAGUCCUUUGAUUUAAAUAAUUCUAAGGAAUGAAAAGUAUACCUCAAAAUGGAACAGAACAUUUGAACUGACAUGUCAGCUAUCUUUAUUCUCAGGUGGCACUUGGUCGAUUAAAAGAUGUUUUCAGCAGAGAGUAUCUGCGUUCUACUCUACAACUUUGGUUGUUGUGGUUUGGUGUGGCAUUCACCUAUUAUGGCAUGGUCCUGGCCAGUACUGAGGUCCUACGAAUAAGAAAUGAAGAGAGUAUGACUCUUUUUAAAAUAGUGUUACAAUGUUGUGAAAAGUUUAGUACAGACAUUAUUUACCAAAGUUUGCCAUGCUUAUUUCAGCGAUCAUUAUAAAAUAUUCAUUUGUUAACUUUUUAAAAUGAUUAACUGCUACUUUGAUCAGAAAUCAUCUGUGUAUCUUUAUGUUCUGUAUGAUGUUAUAAUAUAACUGUAUUACAAUUAGAAGAAUUGAAAUGGAAUAAUUGAUAGUACAAUUCAUUUUUUGCAUUGUAAAUAAAAUGUUGACUCAUUUGUUUUCAGAAUCUUCUAAAUGCAAAUGUACAUAUCUUACCACUGAUGAUUAUGUAACCAUGGUGCUUUCUUCUUUAGGAGAGUUGCUGAGUAAGUUUAGGCCAAUUUUUUUCUAGCUAUUUACUUUUAUGGUGAUUUUCAGUUUUAUUUAGCCUUUAAAGGAUUUGAAGAGCUUUCAACUGUUAGUUUCAAAUUAAUCUAUGUCUGAAGUUGAAGAUACAAUAAAGUAACAUGCUCAUAUUGUCCCAUUAAUCGCAAAUGUCACUAUAGUUCAACUUAUGCUACAUUUCUUUCCAGGUUUACCAAUCAACUUUCUACUUAUAGACCGAAUAGGCAGACGUUUUACUGGCGCCAUGUGUUACUUUGCUUCAGGAUUUUUCUUUGUGCUUAUUCAACUUCAAGUGAACUUAGGAGUUUUAACUAUGUUAAUGUUUUUUGUUAGAGGAUUUUCUUCAGCUACUUUCAACUUUGUUUACAUUUACUCUUCAGAGGUAAAGUAAAAUUUAUUACCUUGUUUCUUCUUUUUUACACACAACUUGGAUGUUACAACAUUGCCAGUUCAAUCAUAAAAACUGGUUAGGGUUUGCAAGAAAAAUAAUAAUUGAUAUUUUACAAAAAACUAAUAUUUUUCUUAUGAAACUAUUUUACUAAUGUGGGAUGAGUAAGACAUAAAUACAUUUUUUUUGAUGAGAUCAUUUUGACUUAACUUUAUAGCAAAAAAUGCCAAGUUAAAUUUUCAUUUACUUAAACUUCAGUGCUUCUAUUUUGACAAUAAAAUCUAAAUAACACUUGAACUGUCCCAUUAUCAAAUUUUUUUAAUAUCGGCCGCAGAUUGAUUAUUACAUGUGCCAUUGUAAAGGGUUGUCUUUUCUUCAGCUGUAUCCAACAUCUAUCCGAACUUUAAGCAUGGGCAUGGCAUCAGCAAUGGCCAGGGUGGGUGCUAUGGUUACUCCAUUUGUGGCACAGGUAAACAGAAUAAAUUUAAAUAUUUUGUUAUUUGAUCCAAGCCUUUUAAAAAAACAUUUUAGGAUAUGUGCAAAUAAUCAUUUUCGUACUACUUUAACUUUUAACAAAAACAAACCAAUUUACUUUGUGUUAUUUUAAAACUCAUGUUGUAGUGUGAGCUAGAAAUUUGCAUCAAUCAUUCAGUUUCCUUAGGAAUAUGUUCACUGGAUAUUCCACAUGUUGAAAUUAAUAGUAGAAGCAAAUUAACUACACUCUCCACAAUAGUGAAUGAUCAUUCUUAUAAUUUGUAUAGGUUUUAUUAUCACACUCUAUUGCCACUGCAACUUGGGUGUAUGGAGGACUAUGUAUUAUUUGCAGCAUAUGUUGUUUGCUGUUGCCAAUAGAAACUAAAGGGAGGGCUCUGCCUGUAAGUAUAUCGUGUAUCAUUCAUUUUUCCCAUUCAUAAUUUCAGAUUCUCUUAUUUUUAGUUAAUGUUCAGCUUUCCUUUACUUUUUGACACUUAAAAUGGUGUCUUUUGUUUUUUUUUAGCUUUACCAUAAAUCAAUACAUUAAUUACUUUAUAGUAAUAGUCUCAAGGUUCUUAUAGAGCCUCUUUAUGUCAAAAAUGGAAAUAUCUGUUACAAUUAUAAUAAAACUAUAAUUAAUACAACUAGCAGAGGCCCGGCCUUUUAGUGGUUAAAAUAUGAUUGAAACAGUUUAUUUCUUCAUUUAAUUUUAUCUUAUAGUAGGGUUUUAUGAAUUAUAUUUAGUGUAGAAAAUGUUACUCUCAUUUACCAUUACUGUGGCCAUUUUAGAAAAAGGUUCCCUACCCCAUUCUAGGAAUGAUUAUGGAAUAAUGAUACAAUUCAAAACGCUCAGACUCAAGUAAAUAAACACUCGACACAAUUUUCUCAUGUAAUGAUCAAAGCAAUUUUAUCCACUGCACACUGGAAAGACGUUAAAUUUUGUGCUUGAACUAUGCACCAAGAAAAAUGUGUACAUUAAACAUUCAUGACUGACCUAGCCACAGUGCAAAAUAGUGAUUAUUUAAAAUACGUUUAGUUCAUAUAAGGAAAAACAUGAAUGUGGAUCUCAGGAUCCAGAUGUUUCCCAUGGCCUGAAAUGUGUUUCUUCAACUCAACACAAUCUCAGAAACACAUCUGUUAAAAACAUUUCACAAAUCCUUCAUUAAAUACCAACAUCUCACCACUUAUGACACACUACAUCCAAUUACUUAACACAAAAAGGAUCUUCUGCAAAAAAGAAAAUAAACAAUCACAGGACAUAAUAAUGUCAAUACCAUUUAUAUGCUAUUUCUUCCCUCUUAAAAAAUUUUAUAAAAAAAUAUUUUGUGUGCAUUUACUGAUUAGCUUGUUUAUGUACGGCAUUAAAAAAAUAUGAUGUGGAUAUUAAAUAUAGCAUUUAUAUCCAUAGCAAUCAUUAAGUUGUGAACCAUCUGACAGCAUUGAACUUAGUGAAACAUCAUCACAGUACCACGAAUCUGAUCCUGACGGCACAGUGUCCACAAUUGAACAGGAAAAGAACAAUCUAAGGGCGCGAAAGAAAAAAGAAAAAGAGUGGGAGAGAUGGGGUGGGGGAGAGAGUGAAAGUUAAAACUAGAAUCAAUAGAUUGAAAGCAUUUAUUUGAAAGUGUCAUCGAUGAAUGACAACUAGCAGAGAUCAUUAAUUUACAAUGAUAUUUACCGUAUGUAAAAAAAUACAUUUGUAAAUUGAUGAAAAGAAUCUGAUGAGGUCAAAAAUAUCCCUCAUAGUAUUUCCUGAAUUUGAAAUAUAUCUUUGCUGGAAAUUAAAGUGAAUCUGAAAAAGAUUUGUUAGAUCUGACACAAUACUACCUCACAUCACAUGGGUAAAAUUUAUCCAAAAUGUGCUUUAAAUAUGGAUCAUUACCAAGAGUUCUUAUUUCAGACCAUGUCCAAAUUCAGUUGUCUCUAACUGUAUGAUUCUGUUCCCCAUAUUAAAAAUAAGAAAUACCCUCGCCCCCUCCCCUCAUAGAGAGAAACACUGUUUUAAAUGUCAGGCUGAAUCAGGUAAAUAAGGGAAAUGUUCUUUAUUCCUUUUUCUAGGUUAUUUCCAGACAAAUAUUUUCCAUUUUAAUAUCCCUGUAGAAAUCAUUGAAACAAGAAAUUAGUGGACUCACCCUUCCUUACAAGGAAAUAAGCACAUG